UCUGCCUUCAAUUUCACAGUCGGGCUCGCCAGUCGCCACUGUGGAGAGCAGGAAACCCUAUGACUGGCAAAUUUUUGAACUUUUGUGGGUCCAACUGACCCAGAUAAGAAUCUUCAUCAUUGCCGAUCUCUGCGCAGGAUUCUCAUGUAAUUUGCGUCUCAUACUCGCCCAAACCCGCUAGACUCUGCAUGUUUUCAAUUUGUUGAAGGUGCCGUAACCUCAAAGCCUUAAGAGGAAUUGGAAUGGAUCACAGUUCAGAUGAAGAUACUGAUAUUAGUGAAUCUGAAAUGAACGAGUAUGAAGAAAAAUCUUAUGAAAGCCUUAAAAAUGGAAGAUUCCUUGUGAAAAACUCAGAUGAGACUUUCAAUUGUCCCUUCUGUAAGAAGAGAAAACGAAGCUACUUGUUCAAGGAUCUUCUCCAACAUGCUUCUGGGGUGGGUCAGAGCAGUUCACAAAAGAGAACUGCUAGGGAAAAGGCUAAUCAUUUGGCGUUAGCAAAAUAUUUGGAAAAUGAUCUUAUGACUGUGGAUGGUCCAUCGAAACCUGUAGAUGUUGAAUCAAGAGAUGAAGGCAAUCCUCAUGUCAAUCAAGAUGAGCAAUUUGUUUGGCCUUGGAUUGGAAUUGUAGUUAAUAUUCCCACUCGACGAACCGAAGAUGGACGUUGUGUUGGGGCAAGUGGGUCCAAGCUACGGGAUGAGUACAGAGCCAAGGGUUUUAACCCUGUAAGAGUUAGCCCCCUUUGGAAUUUUCGGGGUCACUCUGGAGCUGCCCUUGUGGAAUUCAAUAAAAGCUGGCCUGGCUUAGAUAAUGCAUUGGCAUUUGAGAGAUAUUAUGAAUCAGAUCAUCAUGGCAAAAAGGAUUGGUAUGCUGAAACUGAGCAGAAGUCUGGUCUUUAUGGAUGGGUUGCUCGUGUAGAUGACUACAAUUUGAACAACAUUAUCGGGGAAAAUUUGCGAAAAAUGGGGGAUGUCAAAACCAUACCUGAACUUAUGGAAGAAGAAGCACGAAAACAGGACAAACUCGUGUCAAAUUUAACUAACAUUAUUGAGACGAAGAACAAGCAUUUAAAGGAGAUGGAAGUUAGAUGUAGUGAGACGGCACUCCGUAUGGACAUUGCCAUGGGAGAAACAGAUAAGCUCAUUCAAUCCUAUAAUGAAGAGAUAAAGAAAAUUCAAGCAAGUGGAAAGGAUCAUUUUCAAAAGAUCUUUAAUGAUCAUCAAAGGAUGAAGUUACUUGUAGAAUCUCAGCAACAUGAGCUUGACUUGCGGAGUCAAGAAUUGGAAAAGCGUGAGGCCCACAAUGAAAGUGAACGAAAAAAGUUGGCUGAAGAGCUUGAGAAGAAUGCAAUAAAAAACAGCUCCCUUCAGCUGGCUGUUAUGGAGCAACAGAAAGCUGAUGAAAAUGUUUUGAAAUUGGCUGAAGAUCAAAAGAGGCAAAAAGAACAACUGCAUGCUAAAAUCAUUCAACUUGAAAAUCAAUUGGAUAAGAAGCAGAAGUUAGAGCUAGAGAUUGAACAACUAAAAGGAUCAUUAAGUGUAAUGGAGCACAUGAAAGAUGAUGGAGAUGCAGAAGUUCUGGACAAAGUCGAUGGAAUACUUAAGGAUUUAAGAGAGAAGGAGCAGUCACUUGAAGAGUUUGAUACUUUGAACCAAAUGCUCAUUAUCAGAGAGCGUAAAAGCAAUGAUGAGCUGCAGGAAGCUCGCAAAGAAUUGAUUGAAGGCCUUAAAGACAUAACUCGUGCCCACAUUGGUGUUAAGAGAAUGGGGGAACUUGAUAAUAGACCUUUUCUUGAAGCUAUGAAACAAAAAUAUAAUGAGGAGAUGGCUGAAGAAAGAGCUUCAGAACUUUGUUCAUUAUGGGAAGAGUAUCUGAGGGACCCAGAAUGGCAUCCAUUCAAAUUUGUUGAUGUUGACGGGAAGACUCAGGAAGUUAUAAAUGAUGAGGAUGAAAAGCUCAAAUCUCUGAGGAAAGAUCUGGGUGAUGGAGCAUAUGAGGCUGUGGUAGCAGCUUUGACUGAGAUAAAUGAAUAUAACCCAAGUGGAAGGUAUAUAAUCAGAGAAUUGUGGAACUAUAAAGAGGAUAGGAGGGCAACGUUGCGUGAUGGAGUAGCUUUCCUAUUGAAAUAUUGGAAGAGACUCAGAAGCGAGAGGGGUGCAGCAUGAAUAUUGGAAUGAAUACUCUCUUGGCAUGAGGGGGCCAAAUGUGCUUUGAAGCUGGUCCAAGUUUCUGACGACUCUAAUAAUUUAAUUUGCGAUGGUCUUAGAGGUCUAGACAAAUAAGGAUAAUGUUUAAACUAUUGAAUUUAACUUGGAAUUUUAUGCUCCAACUAUGGGGCGUCUGACUGAAACUCAAAACUCCAUGCAAAUAAAACAGCCCAUUAGUUGUCUUUAGUGUGCAUAAAGAGAAGGAUUUUUCAAUAAUUUUCCGUUGGUUUGAUGUACUUUAUCUGCUAGUCAUGCUUCUACUUGAUCUUUGAAAAUGCCCUUAAUUCAACAAGAGAAUGUUGUUAUUAGUUGUUGCACCAUUUAUGUGUUGAGAAACUCGAUGAAAAUGAAGUGUCCAUUACUAUCAUUAAUCUCUUGUACUAUGUCAUGACAUAAAAAUUGAUCCUUAUUUUGCCA